GCGUUAGCUGAGUCUGGGAUGCCUGUGAGAAUAAGAGGCUCGUUUUGAGAAAGUGGAAGAGAAGUUUCCCUGCUUGUGCUGAGAGAGGAGCAAGUGGCAAUAGCUGGACACACCACCAGACAGCUUGCAUUGUAUCCUGCUCCAAAUUAUCCACUGGGCCCUGUUGGGAUAACUCUGCCAGCCAGGUCUCUCCUCUAGGAUGCUUCAAGGCACAUCUAGCCUCCUGCUGUUUCUUUGGGCCGAGGUGGCAUUAUCCACUUGGUAUGAAGGAUCUGGCUAUGCUGCUGCAGAAAGGCAGACCAAUGAAGUGUACAUUGAGGAAACUCCACAGGUUUCUCCCCCACAGCACAGAGUGCCCCAGUGGUGUCAUCGAUUAAAUAUUCACCAUGGGGAGGCUACCUGUUACUCUCCCCGGGGAGGGAAUUACCUCAGCAGCAUGGGGACACGCUGCGAGCUUUCCUGCCACCGAGGAUACCGCUUAGUUGGCCGGAGGUCGGUCCAGUGCUUACUAAACCGCCAUUGGUCUGGGAUGACCUACUGCAGACAGAUCCGAUGCCAUACUUUGGCAGUACCACACCAUGGUUCAUAUCAAUGCACAAAUGGGGUGAAGCUGGACUCCUACUGUUCCUACACUUGCCAGCGUGGGUACCACCUGGAAGGAGAUCGCAGGCGCAUGUGCCUUGAGGACGGGCACUGGAGCGGCAGUGACCCAAUCUGUGUAGAUAUAGACCCUCCAAAAAUCAGGUGCCCUGACUCUCGAGAGCGGAUAGCAGAGCCUGACAAGCUGGUGGCUACGGUGUACUGGGACCCCCCACGGGCCACGGACUCUGCUGACGGUGUCAUCAAACACGUGAUGCUUCGAGGCCCAGAACCAGGCUCUGAAUUUCCAGAAGGGGAGCAUGUGAUCCGCUACACCGUGUACGACCAGGCGCACAACCGAGCCACCUGCAAGUUUACUGUGAGGGUUCAAGUGAUACGAUGUCCAGUUCUGAAGCCACCAGAACACGGUUACCUCACAUGCACCUCAGUAGGCAACAACUACGGCGCUACCUGCGAGUAUCACUGCGAUGGCGGCUAUGAACAGCAAGGUGCCUCAUUGCGGGUCUGUCAGUCCAGCCGCCAAUGGUCAGGCUCUCAGCCUACCUGCACACCCAUGCAGAUCAACACGGAGGUAAACUCUGUUGCCGGCCUCAUGGACCAGUUCUACGAGAAGCGCCGGUUGCUCAUCAUCUCUGCUCCUGACCCCGCCGACCAGUAUUACAAGAUGCAGACUGCCAUGCUGCAGCAAUCAACCUGCGGGCUGGAUUUGCGUCACAUCACUAUCAUCGAGCUGGUGGGGCUGCCGCCCCAUGAGGUAGGGCGGAUCCAUGAACACCAGUUGUCAGAUGACAUCAUUGAAGGACUCAGACAGUUUCUGCAUAUCACCCGUUCACGUUUCAGCAUGGUGUUUGUUGACAAAGACGGUGUGGACCAUGAGCGCUACAUCCAGCCCGUCACACCCGAGGAGAUCUUUUCUCUGGUCGAUACCCACCUGUUGACCAACCAGGAAGAACUCUGGAGGAAUCAGAACGGGGGCAUGUGUGACUGAUGGUAGCUGCUCCACCUAUAAAGGCAGCUGUAGGCCUUUCACUCCCUCGUCUUCUAAAGAGACUAGGCCUUUCUUUCAACAUUGUAUGUGACUGCGGGUGAAAGAGGAUGACGACUGCAGAUGAAAGAAGAAUUGCUUAUUUUGAACCUUCAAACAGAGAGCAGGUUGCUUCUCCAGGGCUCUGCGUUGCAACACAGACUGCUAUAGGAUUAGGGCUGCAUUCACAUGAACAAAAGCAAAUCAUUAAUACGCCGUGUGGGCAUCGCAUGAGACCACACAUCUGACUUUUGUACUGUGCUCAAGAGGAAGAGAAGAUACUUCACGUGUGAAGUAUCCCUUCCCAUCCAAAGGGUGGGCCCCCUUAGUAUCAUUAUGUCCAGAUUGCCCAACUGUACCGUUGACUCUUUAUGCAGGGUAUGCAUUCUCUGGUCAGAGGAUUUCAUCCAGACGAGUCACUAGAGGAUAUCCAUAAAGCUCUGUUUUCUCAAUCCCACAUUGCCCUCAGCCAGUAGAGGAAACUACAUUCUGGUUCUGUUCAUGUAAAUUGUUCUUUUUAUGAGUAGAGACAACCUAUUUUAGAGAGUGUGUAUUUUUGCUCUCUGAUGGGUUUUAACUCCCUUUAAGGUAAAGUUGCAACUAUCUCAUGGUGACUCCAUCAAGUGCCACCUCAUGGGGUUUUCAAGGCAAGAAAUGACCAGAGGUGGUUUGCAAUCGCCUUCCUUUCAACAUCCUUGCUCACUGAAAACUAAAACAGAACUGCUGAUACGAA